CGAAGACUUUAUAGUGCGAAGGAAGAAGGGACGAGAAAGUGAAAGCGCGUGUGGUCUGUGCGAGUAAAUGCUCAAAAAAAUUCAAAGCCCCAUGGAAAGCCGACACAAACUGCCCAGCGCGGAUGAUUCGCCGAUUGCCCAACAAGCCAAGGAUCUAGCCAAAGAUUUCAUAUCUUACAGACUUGGAAAUAACCCAAUCCCUGUAUCGCCCACUGCUGCUACUCUACGCAAACUUGCCGAUCAAAUCGAGGAGCAAUACCCUUUACUAUUGAACCAUUUGUGCCACAAAUUAAAUAUAACUCCAGCAACUGUCUAUCAAACGUUUUUCGAAAUCGCCAGUGAGGUAUUUGUAGAUGGAGUUAACUGGGGAAGGAUUGUAGCUUUGUAUGCCUUUGGAGGAAAGCUGGCUAUGUAUUGCGAUCAACACCAUAUGAAAGAGCUUGUUGGAUCGGUAACUGACUGGGUUGGAAGAUAUGUUGGCGGCCUUUGUGAAUGGAUCGAAAACCAUGGUGGAUGGGUAGGUAACUGGUUUAAAUGCGAUCUACUUCGUACUGCCUUGUGUUAUAUUUUUAGUUUAACUCUGUGUCCUUUACUUGAACCCGAGGCAAAAAUUAACUACAUUAAAUACCGCUUGGAUAUUUUUAAAACCUCGCCGACUGACAUUGGAGGGUCGUAAUAAUUCGAAAUUCUUUCGUAAACAAAGAAAGGUUGAAGACUGUAUGUCGGUUUCAGCUGCUACUGACUGGUAUUUAUAAAUAAUAAAAGGCCUUUUUCUUCUAAUCAGUCGGGGACAGGGAAAAUUUCGAAGAUUCAGACGUCAUUACAUCCUAAGCGCUGAAUAGUGACAAAAAAUUCAAACAAAAGAACCAUAAUUGCUAAGCGUGUUUUUUGUAGGAUAGGAACAUUUUUAGAAUUUUUCUCACUGAUUGCGGGAAGUCGUUGUAUGUGUGAAGGAAUAUUUGAAAUGAUUUGUCAUUCCAAUCAUAAAAUACGACCUUCACGAAAAUCACUUCUAUACCACCUGGUGGAUGAUCUUAGAAAAUGUUCAUUUAACUUUUGCGCAAAACGUAUUACCCGAGAGCUUCAACGUACAAGAUGUUGUACAUGUGUACUUUUACGUAGUACGUCCUUGUGCAAGAAUAAACCAAUCAUGUUGCCUGCGCGAACUGACUAGAAUUUUCACAUGGCGGGUCACUGAUGAAAAAGCCAAAGUGCUGAGAAAGCAGUUUGCAAGCACAGUCGUAAGCUUUCAGUGACAGAUGUGUCAAAUUCUUUGGAAUCUUCAGCAGUUAAUCACAGCAUAUUAACAUAGUUUUCGUUUUUGUACAAUCAACAGGACUUGUUCAGCCUUGUUUUCAGUUUUCUAAUAAUCUAGAAACUUCUUCUCCUAAGAGACUCUUUUUAAAACAAAUUAUGUCUGGCAUGAGAAGCGCUUUUUGAGAAAGGUAACCACAGCAAUAUUGAACAGCCCAGGCAUUCAUGUCAACAAUGAAAACUAUGCAAUUACCAAAGAACAAACAGAAUUGAUUUUUAUUUGACUGAAAAUAACAAGUCCAGAUCAAAGUUCAGUCUGUUUUGAAGAUUUUUAUAAAUCGAAAUAUUCAAGUCUCUUAUAAAAUGUUUUGGAAAAAGUUAGCAUGAAUAUCUAAAGUAGUCAACUAGUUGAAAGAUUUCAACAAAUACUGUAAACCUUUUGAUAAUACUUUUGCUGGGACAUUUAUGGUUGUUAGGUCAGAUUUUUUACUAAAUAUGUCCCUUUUCUGGUGUAUUUAUAUGAACUAACUGAGUCUGCAGCAUAGCUCACUUAAUCUGCUGAAGAAAACAUGAUCUUUAUUUUCUGAAAAUGAGCUAAAGUGAAGGAAAUUUUUUCUGUGUUAAGAAAUUUUGAGGUUGCUGGUAGUAAGAAUAGUGGUAAUUUUUGUGGAUUUUCUUUGAUUUUGGGCAAUUCUCGUCAACUUGAUUGACUUAACUUCAAGACUGGGAUGAAGAGAUAAAGAGAAAAUUUUUUGCAGGGGGGGUGGGGGAGGGAAAGAAAUGCAGGGACAUGAUCCAAAAUCAGGUGUUGCAGCUUUUAGAUUUCCUUUGGUUGUCAGUCAGCAUUUGUGUUAUUCUUGUGUGGGCUGCCAUGCAGCCAUCCAAAUUUAGUGGUAAUCAAAAAGUGUGGGUGCCUGUUAGGAAAUAAACUGGAUUGCUGAAACAUGCAAAUCAUAUAAUUCUCAGAAUAUUUUGUUUGAUCUAGUGCCAUUUUUAUGUACUAGAAGACCAUUGAAACAGAACCAUAUUAAGUCUGAAAGAUUCUAAGAUUAGCAUCCAGCGUUAAUCCUCUUACUUCCAAGAUUUACCAAGAAAUUAUUUCUCCUUUAUACAAGAUCAGUACAAUCUCAAGUAGACAGUUGAUGAGUAUAAAUAUAGAAAAAUAUUCACAUGGAUUUAUCACAUGAUACAACUCUUAACUCCACAUCUAACAUUAAAAAAAAAAGAAUGGCAGACAGAAAGGAGAAGUAUUAUUUUCACUCAAACCUGCUAGCUGUGUCUAUUUUGCCCUUAUCAGUAUUGCAGGCUUUUAUUGCAUAUAACUUGAGAAUUCUUUAGGGCUGCUUUGAACAGUUUGCAACUUAAGGAAAUGUUUUCUCCAUCAGGGAAAGAUAUUUUUAUUAGCUUUGAAAACAAUUCAAUCACAAAGUGUGCUUUGGUGACUGGCAAUAAUAGAAAACACUGUUGAGUUUCAAGAAUUUAUAUUACAAUUCUUUUGUGUUUUUCUUUUUGCGAUGUAAUAAAUCCCUUAUUGACUUAGCAUGUUCAGUGAAGACAGCUGGAUAUUGGCCUCACUGUCUUUAAAAUUGCAAAGAAGGAUUUGCAUAGCCAAUAUCCGCCCUUGUUGUUGAAGCUCAUGCAUUUUUGAUUGGUAUUUAUAACAUGUGGAGUCUUGAUGAUAAUAACAAUAAUAACAAUAAUAAUAAUAAUGAUAAUAACAAUAAUAAUAAUACACUUUAUUUUAGCAGGUUUGACCAGAAAGAAACAAAUUGAAACAAAUAUUGUAAAUAAACAUAUUGUUUGCAAAAUUCUACCUGGCAGGAGACAGACCACUUGACUGUAUAGGAAAGAGAUUAACUUAAGGCAACAGAGACAAAGUCAAUUUAGUAACAAGGUGAAGGACUUAAGCCCAGGAUCACCAGGUUACAAACCGAGAGCCCUUAAUCCACUUGGCCACACUGCCUCCUUACCAUUAAUUAACUUUACCAUCAAUUGACAUCAUGUCAUUUCUUUUAGGAAGGCCUCCAUAGACAAUUUAAUGACAAAGGCGAAAAUGCAGCAUGGUGGAAAGGUGUCUUUCUCACUACACUGGGACUUGGCACAUUAGCAGCUUUUAUGUACAGCAGAUGAACCAUCCAACCUCAAAGUGUGUGUAAUGUGUUUGUUUGAGUUUACUUAACUAAAUUACUGAGUGUCUUGCAUGAUCUAUUAAAUGGGCCUUUUAUUUUCAUCCAUUCAUUUUAUAAGGCAUACUUCCUGUUUCUUAAAAUAUUUUUCUGCUUGGCUGACAAAUGGGUUUAUUCAGUUAUAGCAUAUUGAAACAUCUUUUUAUAAUUAUGAGAUUUUGAUCUUAAGAGUUUUUCGUUAAACAAUGUUCCCACCAUAAAAUUAUGAUAUACACUAGUCUAAAGGAAAAAUCUCUUCAAAAUUCAUUUUUUGUUAGUGAGAGGAGACUAAGAAAACCAGUGAUGAGUUCCUGAAUCCCUGUCCUUUGCUUGCUCCUUUAAUUAGUAACAAUUAGGACAAGUCAAGGGUAUAAUACACCUGCCAAAUUUUCACGAUGUCGAGGAAAUCUGACAAUUAGUUGCAUGUAUGUGCUUCAACAUGUCCCAAGACCUCUCAAAAUUUCCUAAGACAAACCAAAGAGUUUUCUCACUUCAUGUGAGUGUAGAAAAUUAGACAAGCAAAGUAGUUCUAAUUGAGCAAGUUUUUUUGUUGCUACAAUUUUCAGUUGAGUUAAGUGAAUAAAAAGUUUGGUGACAGGUUUUGGCCAUUAAGUAAAGGUGUUUUCAAAGUGAAAGCCUACCAAAAGAAUUCCAACAACAUGUUUCCCCCCGAAACAGAGCCAUUUGCAGCACCAACACAGUUUUAACAUCAAUGCCAAACUUCCAUCACACCUCACUCAACUUAAUUUGGUAGCAGAUGUGAAAAUCAGGUGCACAUGCAUUAGUCUUUGAUAUGGAAGGGUGAGAAUCACUCCUAAUGAAGUGAGAAUAAGCAGGUUUAGUAUACCAAUGUUUACAGUAAUUUACAUUAAGAAUCAAUGGCAGUUGAAUAGAAAAAAUUUGUAGUUCAGGUGUGAACAUGUACAGUCCAGGUGGACUUUAGCACAUAUUUGUGUUUACAACUAAAAUUUUUAGACACAGUUGAUCAUAGUUUAUAUCAUCUGUUUGGAAACUAGUGUUUGAGUUUGUUUGAAUUAUCAGUCUAGGGUGUGACAUAUCAUUUGACCAGGAAUUUCAUUUCCUGUUUUUGUUUUUUAUCCUACUCACACACAACUCUGUUUGUGUUCCAGCUUUAAUAUUGUCCUAGGUUCAACUUCCAGAUUUCAGAAUUUAAUCAGUGCAUCAUCACAAUUUUGGCCUCUGAUUUGCUUUCAAGGCACAGCCCUCUUUAGCUCCAAUUUUAGUAGUCCACUUGACAAUGAAUUCAUUGAGCAAUGUGUAAGGUAUACCUGCUGACUGUAAAACUGAAAACAUCAACCUUUUCCAUAGGGGGCUUUGAUACUCAUGUGCUAGUCAUCAGUCUGUCACAUUUGUCCUUUGUUCUCCACUGCACCUUUAAAUAACAUUAAUUUGAACUUUGACAUUCAGAACCAAACUUGUGAUGUUCUUUCACCCUACUAGAAAUUACUGAUUGUAAUGGUAAUGUUAAGCAGACAAAAGGAAUAUGGAUAGAAAUCUGCCAGUCAUUAUUUAGGAGCAUGACCUUGUAAAUCCUCUGAACAUCAGUACUUGCUCAAGAGAUCUGCAACAUGGUUGACAGUAGUAAGGGUUUCCAUAAAAGCCGGUUAGUGGUGAUCUACUGCUACCUGUCAGACCUCUCACUGUGGUCAGUUAACCCUUUAACUCCCAGAAGUGACUGACAUGUAACAUCUCCCUAUGAUAUCCAAUGGUUUUUUAGCAAACGGUUAAUGAGAAUACCAAAACUUAUCGGGAAGAAGUUUUUGUCUUGAUCUUACACCAACUUCUCGCAACUAAGCAAGAGGAGAGAAUUAACAGUCAGAUCUUGGGAGUUAAAGGGUUAAGUCUUAAGCUCUCAUGUUUGGGUAUCACCUUACAGCACAGCCACCUAUUAAAACAUUGGCAGCCACUAAUGGAAUGGUCAUUGAAAACCCCAGCAGUAGCCUAAAAUACCAUUGCAAUCAACAGUGCAUGUGAUUGAUUUUCAGUUGUUAGAAGGAAUUUCUUAGAAAUUUUCAGUUGUUGAAGGAGCAUUUUUAAAAGGCAAGGUUUUAUGGAUAUGGAAAUCGCAACAACAUUAAAAGAAAAAUUAAAUGUUGGCAGGUAUACUUUGGCCAUCAUCAUUUUAUUCCAAGUUGUCAUGUACUCAGGAUGGUACAUGCAUAAUUUCCUGUCAACUUAAAGGCAGCUUAAGCUUGUGAUGUAGAAUUUUAUUGUCACUAAAACUCCAUUUAAAAUAAUUAUUUGCGAAUAUUCAGUUGCUUUCAUUUAAUGCAAACGUAUUUUAGUAGAAUAGUUAUGUCUAUGCAUAUUGCCUAGGUAACAUUAACAACUUGUUUAAAUUUUUAAUAUCAUUUAAAAAUUUGUUCAUACCACCUAUUGAAAAGUGAAGUUAAAAUUUUUUUUGAUUUUCAGUAAUUCUCUGUAGGUUAAGGUAUUUCUUUUCUUUUUUUAUCUCAAAAGUCAUUUUGUGUCAGAGGUUAUUUAUGGUAAAGUGAGCAAAAUUUUAUUUAUAUGUGUGAGAUUUACCCUUUAACUCCCAGAAGAGAUUAACAUGCAAUUUCUCCCUAUAAUAUUCAUUCACUAACCAGCAAACAGGUGAUGAGACAACAAACUCAUCAGGUAGAAGUUGUUGCCUUGAUCUAAUGCCAAAUUCUUGUAAGUAAUUUACAAUGAAGUGUUUAGCAACAAGACCAGAGAGUGAACAAUCAGAGCUUGGGAGUUAAAGAAUUAACUUUGAUAAUUUACAGAUUUUGAAUGGAUUGUUGACAAAUCAUAUAUUCAAGAUACUUAAAAAUCUCUUUGAACAUGGCAAUUUACUAACGAAAAUAGUUAGCAAUUUGAACUUUACUGAACAAGGACUAUUUAAAGAUGUUAAUUGUAGUAUAUAUAUAUUUAGCAAUUUCCAUUUCAUAAGAUAGCAGUUUAAUAUAUAACACAUUUUAGAUUUUAAGACACUGAUUUAUAAUAUCGUUGCAUUUGGUAAUUGCCUGAUUGUCAGAUAGUUUGUAGACACCUUUCCCUUCCUCUUUGUCCAUCUCACUUCCCUUAAUGAGGUCAUUUUCUUUCUUUAUAAAAUGGCCUCUGAUCAGAGCAAGCCCAGAACUUUCUCAGAAAUGUUCCUUAAGGAUUGCAAACAAUCAGGCACUAUAAAUUGUGUGAAUCUGUAUAACUAUUCAUCUCAGAGCAUCCAAAAAA